CUUAAGCUUUCUUCGAUCUUCCUCCUCAUAACAACCACCAAGGCAAUCCUUUCUUCUCAUCUUACGACCACCGUAGCUUGCAUACCCUUUCCCAGAUUUUCCAUGGAAAAAACAAUGCCGAUUCAGGCUCAACACCCAACAUACAGGAACUUGAUCACAAUUCUAAGCAUUGAUGGGGGUGGUAUCAGGGGGAUCAUCCCUGCUACUAUACUUGCUUUCCUUGAAUCACAACUUCAGGAGUUGGAUGGAGAGGAAGCUAGACUUGCAGACUACUUUGAUGUGAUAGCAGGAACAAGCACAGGUGGUCUUGUUACUGCCAUGUUAGCAACUCCAAAUGAAAAUAAUCGACCUCUCUUUGCAGCUAAGGAUAUCAAGCCCUUCUAUCUCCAACAUGGUCCUCGAAUUUUCCCACAGAAGAGUGGGUUAUUUGGAGCAAUCGGAGCAAUAUUUAGAUCUCUGAUAGGACCAAAGUAUAACGGGAAAUACCUUCACGGGGUUCUAAAGGAGAAAUUAGGGGAAACUAGGUUGGAUAGUACAUUGACCAAUAUUGUUAUACCAACGUUUGAUAUCAAGCAUCUACAGCCCACCAUUUUCUCAUCAGAUGAGGCAAAAAAGGAUUCUUGUUUGAAUGCUCGGUUGUCCGACAUAUGCAUUGGCACAUCGGCGGCUCCAACUUAUCUUCCUGCUCACCAAUUCAGCCACCAAAACAGUGAUGGAGAUUUUAGUAAAUUCAAUCUUAUAGAUGGUGGUGUUGUUGCAAACAAUCCGGCUCUUGUGGCCAUAAACCAAGUAACCAAGCAAAUCUUCGAUGCAAAUCCUGAUUUCUUUCCAAUCAAGUCCACAGACUACGGUCGUUUCCUAGUGAUCUCAAUAGGAACAGGCUCAGGGAAAAUAGAGAAAAGAUACAAUGCUAAAAUGGCAGCCAAAUGGGGCCUUCUGAAUUGGUUAAUUCAUGGAGGUUCAGUUCCAUUAGUGGAUGUGUUUACUCAAGCCAGUGCAGAUAUGGUUGAUUUGCAUUUAGCUGUGGUUUUCCAAGCCCUUCAUUCUGAAGAGAAUUACCUCAGAAUUCAAGAUGACACUUUGACUGGGACAGCAGCUUCUGUUGAUGACUCUACGAAAGAGAACUUGAACGAACUUGUAGAGAUAGGGCAGAGACUAUUGAAGAAACCAGUAUCAAGGGUGAAUUUGCAGACGGGUUUGUUUGAAUCAGUCAAAAGUUGUGGCACAAAUGAGGAGGCUUUGAGAAUGGUAGCAAGAAAACUUUCACAAGAAAGAAAGUGUCGAGAAGGAAAACUUGCAUACAAGGAGAACCUGAAAGUUGAAGCCGCUACUCGUUUUUAAGUCGAUUUGUUAAGCACGUCCUUGCCUCCAAUAUGCAUAUGUGUGGUGUAGUAGUCAAAGUUUUUUCAUUUGUAAUCAACUUAUUCUUUUCAUUCUUUAAAUUUUUUGUGACGUGUUGACCCAUGAAGGGAAUAACAUUGUCAAUUCGUUGAUUGUUUGAAGCUACAAUAAACAAAAUGUUGUCAGGAUAAA